CGGAAGUUACCAUCUCGCAGGGUGCAGGGCCUUGUGGGACACAUUGUGGUGUCGCUUUUGAGUAUUGGGCAGAUGGCGGCCUCCUCGUCCUCAGGAAGUGGCCCCGGGCCCUCAGGAGCCGGUAACCCUGGUGGGACCUCAGGCCUUACCGCGUCUAUCACCGGCACCAUGAACAAGAAGAAGAAGCCGUUUCUGGGCAUGGCGGCCCCGCUGGGUUAUGUGCCGGGUCUGGGCAGAGGUGCCACAGGCUUCACCACCCGUUCUGAUAUCGGUCCGGCCCGUGAUGCCAAUGACCCAGUGGACGAUCGUCAUGCACCGCCAGGGAAGAGGACAGUGGGUGACCAGAUGAAGAAGAAUCAAGCGGAUGAUGAUGAUGAAGAUUUGAAUGACACAAAUUAUGAUGAGUUUAAUGGCUACGCUGGAAGCUUGUUCUCCAGUGGCCCCUACGAGAAGGACGAUGAGGAGGCUGACGCCAUCUAUGCCGCACUAGACAAGAGGAUGGAUGAGAGGAGGAAGGAAAGAAGAGAGCAGAGAGAGAAAGAGGAAAUCGAGAAAUACCGAAUGGAGAGACCCAAAAUCCAGCAGCAGUUUUCUGAUUUAAAGAGGAAACUGGCUGAAGUGACUGAGGAGGAGUGGCUCAGCAUCCCUGAGGUCGGAGACGCCCGCAAUAAGCGGCAGAGAAAUCCUCGCCAUGAGAAACUGACCCCAGUCCCUGACAGCUUCUUCGCUAAACAUUUACAGACUGGUGAGAAUCACACAUCCGUUGAUCCACGGCAGACGCAAUUUGGGGGCCUAAAUACCCCUUUUCCUGGGGGAUUAAACACCCCAUACCCAGGGGGAAUGACUCCUGGGCUAAUGACACCUGGUUCUGGAGACCUGGAUAUGAGGAAGAUUGGUCAGGCCAGAAACACUCUGAUGGACAUGAGGCUGAGUCAGGUUUCUGACUCUGUCAGUGGUCAGACGGUGGUGGAUCCUAAAGGUUACCUGACUGACCUGAACUCCAUGAUCCCAACACAUGGAGGAGACAUCAAUGAUAUUAAGAAAGCCCGUCUACUACUAAAGUCUGUACGGGAGACUAACCCUCACCAUCCACCAGCCUGGAUUGCAUCUGCUCGUCUGGAAGAGGUCACAGGCAAACUGCAAGUAGCCCGGAAUCUCAUCAUGAAAGGGACAGAGAUGUGUCCUAAGAGUGAAGAUGUCUGGUUGGAGGCUGCUCGGCUGCAACCUGGAGACACAGCAAAAGCGGUGGUGGCUCAGGCCAUCUGUCACCUCCCACAGUCUGUCCGGAUUUAUAUCAGAGCUGCAGAGCUGGAAACCGAUCUGCGUGCCAAAAAACGUGUCUUACGAAAAGCUCUGGAACACGUCCCGAAUUCUGUGCGUCUGUGGAAAGCAGCUGUGGAGCUGGAGGAACCAGAGGAUGCUCGUAUCAUGCUGAGUCGUGCUGUAGAAUGCUGCCCCACCAGUGUGGAGCUAUGGUUGGCCCUUGCCAGGCUUGAAACCUAUGAGAAUGCCCGCAAGGUCUUGAAUAAGGCACGUGAAAACAUUCCCACCGACAGACAUAUUUGGAUUACUGCUGCCAAGCUGGAAGAAGCCAAUGGGAACACUCAGAUGGUGGAGAAGAUUGUAGACAGAGCCAUCACCUCUCUAAGAGCGAAUGGAGUGGAGAUCAAUCGGGAACAGUGGAUACAGGAUGCGGAGGAGUGCGACAAAGCUGGCAGUGUGGUCACGUGCCAGGCGGUAGUGAGAGCAGUCAUCGGUAUUGGCAUAGAGGAAGAGGACCGGAAGCACACGUGGAUGGAAGAUGCUGAUAGUUGUGUGUCUCACGGUGCCCUGGAGUGUGCACGCGCCAUCUAUGCACACGCCCUCCAGGUUUUCCCCAGCAAAAAGAGUGUGUGGCUCCGAGCUGCCUAUUUUGAAAAGAACCAUGGUACAAGGGAGUCACUGGAGACCCUUCUGCAGAGAGCCGUUGCCCACUGUCCUAAAGCUGAAGUAUUAUGGUUGAUGGGUGCCAAGUCCAAGUGGCUAGCGGGUGAUGUGCCAGCUGCUAGGAGUAUUCUUGCACUUGCCUUCCAGGCUAACCCCAACAGCGAGGAGAUCUGGUUGGCAGCCGUCAAGUUGGAGUCUGAAAAUAAUGAGUAUGAGAGAGCUCGAAGACUGCUGGCAAAGGCUAGGAGCAGCGCUGCAACUGCUAGGGUGUUCAUGAAAUCUGUGAGGCUGGAGUGGGUGUUGGGGAACAUAGAAGCUGCUCUGGAGCUGUGCGACGAGGCCCUGAGCCACUAUGAAGACUUCCCCAAACUGUGGAUGAUGAAAGGCCAGAUUGAAGAGCAGCAGCAGCAGAUUGAGAAAGCCAGAGAGGCGUAUAAUCAGGGGCUGAAGAAAUGCCCGCAUUCAGUUUCCCUUUGGCUAUUGCUCUCUAGAUUGGAGGAGAAUGUGGGGCAGUUGACAAGGGCACGAGCUAUCCUGGAGAAGUCACGUUUGAAAAACCCUAGGGUUCCAGAGUUAUGGUUGGAGUCUGUGCGGCUGGAGUACAGAGCUGGUUUAAAGAAUAUUGCAAAUACCCUGAUGGCAAAGGCUUUGCAGGAAUGUCCCAAUUCAGGCAUCCUGUGGGCAGAAGCAAUAUUCCUAGAGGCUAGACCCCAGCGAAAGACCAAGAGUGUGGAUGCUUUGAAGAAAUGUGAGCAUGACCCACAUGUGCUGCUAGCGGUCGCCAAACUGUUCUGGAGUGAACGGAAAAUUUCUAAGGCCCGGGACUGGUUCCACCGCACUGUGAAGAUUGAUUCUGAUCUGGGUGAUGCCUGGGCAACUUUCUACAAAUUUGAGCUUCAGCAUGGUACAGAGGAGCAACAGGAGGAGAUCAGGAAGCGAUGUGAGAAUGCUGAGCCACGGCACGGGGAGCUGUGGUGUGCCGUAUCCAAGGACAUCAAGAACUGGCAGCAUAAACUGGGAGAAAUUCUCACUUUAGUGGCAUCAAAAAUAAAGAAUACAUUCUAAGCCACCGUCAAUUAGCUGUACAUAACUCUGCCCCCAGUAUAUUAUGUUUUGUAUUACGGUGUUUUUUGUUUUUUAUCGCUGUUGGUAGAGUGUAAUACCAAUCCAUAUUUCCAGCCAUUGUGAGUAGAGGACACUGAUAAGUCUUGCAAUGAAUUUUUGGAUUUUCUAUGAAAAUUCGGAAUUAUUGGAAUCAGUUAUGUGUACAAAGGUGGGUAAUGUAUGGCAUCAACCCAGAACUUCUUUUUGUUAAAGAUCUUGUGUCCUCAGUGUUAUACUUUUAAUAACCACUUGUGGUCAGCAGUGAUCACCCACUUCUUUAGGCUAGUUUAGAUGGGCCAUGUGAUGUAAAGUUGCUGCACUCAGCCUUUAUGCUACCCAUUUGCUGUCUAAAAUUUGAAAGUACUGUCUAUAUGGCUUAAAGGUGUUGUCCAAUGUUGACUUUCUUUUAAUUCCAUCCUACUGUACCUGUAAAGGGAAGUAUGUUUACCUGCUCCCCGCUGCUCGAUUCCAGCUCUGUGGUUAAACUCCCUGUGUGGACGGGGUCACCUGCUGCUCUGCAGCCAGUCACUGGCCUCAGUGGUGACGUUGCUCCAAGCGGCAUGUGACAAAACAGUCUUGAGGACACAUCACCGCUGAGGCCAGUCAUUGGCUGCCACUGUGCAUGUGGGCAGCAGAAGUGCUGUGAAUACAGGUCAGGACCGACAGAGCCAGGUCAGAGCAAUGGAGAGCAGGUAAGUAUAUUUCACAGGGAUCAGGGUAGAUUUAAGUAAAAUAAAUUAAAAUCAACAUUGGACAACCCCUUUAAGGAUCCUCCCCUCACAUAGGCAUUCUGCAUAAUGUGAUUAUAAUGUGUAAAGUGGUGAUCAUUAAAUACAGAUCUUUUUAUGUAACUUA